CUCCACUCGAACCAGUCGCAAAAGAGAACUCGUUCCGUUCGGAUGUAGAGACCCGCCGCGUGGUUGUAUUGCCAGUAGUGUGUGGUGGCGCGCGGUAAUCUGAGUUGACAAACGAACCUGACUGCAUACCGCACUCUCGGUUCAGAGCAAGUGAAGUGUCACGUUUCUUGGACGGUACAAUCUGUGGGCAUCCACUGGCCGUAUCCGGUUCGAUAGACCGUGUGUCCGGAUUCGUCACCAUUCGGAUAAUGCGGAUCUGCUCGAGAGUGGAGUAGAGUUCGCCCUUGGCACGUAUUCAGUGACACACGGCGGCGAGGAUGAUGCGUUCGGUGAUGUGAUGAAGUGUAUUUACGGACGGAUUUGCCGACAUUCAUUCAUCGGUUUUAUUGUUGCAGCAUUCUGCGUGUCUAACAAAUCUAUGAACACACGUUGGUUCCACUCAUCUUGAUUGAUGAUUGUUUUGAGUUCAACGGGGAUUUCAUUUCGUCGAAAUCUGUCUGUGAUUUGGAUUGAUGACGGUGCUUUCGAGUAGUUUCAACAGGUCGCUGCUUUAACUAUAUUUUGAUAGCCAUCGCGCUCGUUUCACAAGGGCUUACACCAGUCAGGGGAGCGGACAAGUUUGCGUGCUUGGAAAAUUGCCUAAAUUUUUUUUUGUGGAUUGAUCACGGUUCGAAACUUCCAAACUCAGUGCCGAGUUGUGUAACAGAAUCAAAGCAUUCUUCCACGGAAAAUUUCAAUCGAAAGUGCAACAAGUGAAGUGUGAAGCGUGUUUACAUAACUGAACAAGAAUUGAACGCUUUUGAAUAAAAGCGAACGAAGAAACGCGUUGUUACUGGAACCUUAUCGGAUUACUCAAGCCCGCUAAGCAGUGCUGAUCGAUCGAAUCGGAAUGCUCUAAGAUCUGCACCAGUGCGAUACCAAUCCGUGUCAGCACUAACAUUCAUUUCCAAUUUCGGAAUUCCAUUCAAAUCGACAUUAAUUUGUGCUGAGCGAGCACACGACAUCACCUACGACAGCAACAACAGCAAUGCCGCAACGGCAGCAACCUACAGUGCAGUGCUGUCGGUGGUGUUCCAAUCUGUGCGUUGUGCAUUACUGAACACAGAGAAAUAAAAGGAACAAAACAAAACAACCUCAACAUAAUUUCGAGCUGCUACGACAAGGCGGAGCUUUGACCGACCGGAAAAACAAGAAAAAUAAAAGUCUAGCGCAAAAAAAAAUAACAUCGCCCCGUGUCUCCGUGCCGUUGUCGUCGUGAUCGUGUUUUGGUUUUGUUGAUUGUAACAACCGUUCACAUUGGCCUGCCGGGCGAAAAAAAAAGAGUGCAGUGCAAAAAAAGAAGAGUGAUUGUUCACAAUUAAAGCUUAGCAACAGCAACUUAGCAAGCCAGGUGUGGUGAGGUAAUAUUAGAAGUCGUGUGCAGUUGAAGCUUCGGUGGAAAAUCGGAAAAAGAAGAAAGAGCCCAACACUGGUGUUCAAGAGUCGAAAGCUAAGGAGUGUACAGCGCAGUGUUAUAAUUUGUACCAAUUUUUUGUGCAAAAAAAAAAAGAAAAACGAAAGUAAUUUACAUCCUUUCAAGCAGCAGUAAAGUGUGAAGCAAAAGGAAGCAGUGUGUGCUUGUGCACUGAUUGGAAUCUGUCGAACAGGGAGCGACUCACAGAAUUGCGGUGGUGCGUACGUACGGCGGUUGAACUCAUCGUAGUAGCCGAGUUUGUCGCUAACGAGUAUACGAAUUCGCGUAGCAAACGCAGGCAAUCCAAGCAGCCAAGGGGACGGCGACGACGGUGUUUUGUUGUUGCAAACAAGUUUUAUUCAUCCUGCCCUGCCUACUACGGCGACGACGACAAGCGGGGAUCAACUGUCACAGAACUGGUUUGCGAAUUUUUUGCUCCAUCACCGGCAUGGCAGCACCCAACAUCUAAAUUGAAAGACCCUCAUCUCCACUCGCGCUACGCGUCGGCAAAUUGAUUUGAACUCCCGAUAUCAAUUAUCCAUACCGAGCAGUUUAUCGGAAGCGAAGAAACAUCUUCAGCGAAGCAGAGAAGUGCAAGCCCACAACGAUGCGUUCCACAUUGAUUGUGGCGAGGCAUCAGUUGGGUCGACUUCGUACCACCUGUUGCUGCUCCAUGAUCAUGUUCACGAUCAGCGCCGUGAUCGCGGUUUGUUACCAAAAUACCAACAUGUGCUAAUGCAAUCGGUCAAUUUCCAGUUGCUUCCGAGUGAUCUGUGCGUGAGCGAAAAACCCUCUUUCGGUGCGGAUUCGGAUGUUAAACGAUCGAUUAAACCAGAGCGAACCCGCUUCACUCUCUCUGCCUCGAUCGCAAUCAUCGCCAUCCGAUCGCCGCGCGCCACUAUUUGAUCGAUCCUCGCGGAUUGUUCAAAGAGAGUAAACGCGAAAACGGCUACCUCCGUCUACAGCUCGUUGAUUAUCGCUGCUGCUGGUGCUGGCGAAGGCGACGAGGAUCGCCCCAACAGCAACCGUCCGGGGGGCAAUCAUCAUCAAGCACGUCACCAUCAUCAUCGGAAGAAGCAUCGCCGGCACGGCUGGGGCGGUGGUGGCGGCGGCGAUAGAGACCGAAACUUGAGCUUCGAUAUCAGCAAAAUGGAGCACUCGGAUUUAGUCAGCGAGAUGGCUCAGGUCGAGCAUCUUUCAACGCAGGAUCGGCUGCACCUCGCGCGGAUGCGCCGGGCGCAACAGCUGAAGGUGGCCAAACAGAGGGAAAAGGAAUGGCUCAAGGCGCAACGGAGCAAGGAACGGAUGUCCCAGCAGCAGCAGCACAUGUCCACCUACAAGCGGCACAUUACUUUCGAGGACAGUGUGGUCCUAUUGGAGGCCGCAGCCCGGAACGAUAUCGCCGAGGUGGCCAAACUGUUGCAGAAGGGUGUCACCCCGGACGCGACCAACAUGGACGGUCUGACGGCACUGCAUCAGUGCUGUAUCGAUGACAACGCCGAAAUGCUCAACCUGCUGCUGGACUACGGUGCCAACGUGAACGCCCAGGAUAGCGAACGGUGGACGCCGCUGCAUGCGGCCGCAACCUGUGGCCACCUAAAUCUGGUCAAAAUUCUAAUCGGCCGGGGGGCGAACCUGCUGUCGGUGAACGCCGAUGGCAAUAUGCCGUACGAUAUCUGCGACGACGAGGAAGCCCUCGACUACAUCGAGGCGGAGAUGUCCAAGCGGGGCGUGACGCAGGAGCUGAUUGACGAAACGCGAGCGGCGACCGAAACGCAGAUGCUGAAGGAUCUGCAGGACACGGCCGCACAGGGUGGGGAUCUGGAAGUACCUGAUUGUCAAAGCGCGACGCCGCUUCACAUAGCGUCCGCCAAUGGCUACACGAGAGUGGUUGAGUUCCUAUUAGAGCAGCAUGUAUCGACGGACGCCGUGGAUCACGAUCUGUGGACACCGGUGCAUGCUGCCGCCUGUUGGGGUCACCUUGAAGUCCUGGAGAUGCUAGCGCAAAGUGGCGCCGACUUGAAUGCCAAAAACAAAAACGAUGAAACGCCUUCCGACAUUUGCGAAGAUCCGGAAAUUCGCGAACGGAUAGAACAGCUCAAAUCGGAACAGGAGAGCAAACGACUGGCCGAAGCCCAGCGGAAGCGGGUACGGCGAUCCCAAAGCAAUAACACCAGGGCCCAAUCGGUGCGGCGGACGUCCCUACGGGACAAGGGUCUCACCACCAAGAAGGACGCCGUCGAGGAGGCCCGGUUCCGGUUGCAGGCACAAGAGGGCUACACGACACCGGAUGGACCAGCGGCAAACACCAACUCCAAUAAUAGCUCAACGACAAACGCCGUCGUCAAUAACAGCACCAACAACAAGAAUGCCAGCAAUGGUCAUCUGAAUUCUGUAAAUAACAACAACAUCAACGCCACUAACAAUGGUAACUGUACGACGGUGAACAAUGGGCUGAACAACAAUACUCGUUACAACAAUCACCUGAACAACAACAACAACAACAACAUCAGCAGUAGCAAAGACCAAAACUACGGUCCCAAUUCAGCGGCAGCAACGAACCCUUCUUCCGCGACCUCCUCGGCGUACUCCUCGCUCAACCAGUAUGACCGACGGUCGCCCGAAGGCAAGGACAACGACUCCUACAUGAGCGAAAUCAGCGUCGUCAGCGGUGCCGGUAGCGGCAAGUUGUUGAACAACAACAACCUAAACAACAACAACAACAGCAACAGCAAGAUACUAGCCUUAUCAUCCUCCUCUCCAUCCUCCACAGUCAAUGGUAAUCUAGUCAGUAGCAGUAGUAGUAGUCAUAGCAAUAGCAAUCAACCGAACAUUCCAAAUACGGGUGCCGUGUCCGGAACGGCGGCGACGACGACGACGACGACUUCGGCGACGGCGGCGUCUGCAACGACGACGGAAGUGUACUCCACCUCCAACAACGAGAACGGCAAGAUCAACGUCCAGGUGACGGUCCUAGUGGAUCCAUCUGUCGCAGGAACGUUAGCCGACCUGAAGAAGCAUCGAUCGCAGAACCGAUCCAGCGUCAGUCCGGAGAACGGAUCGCUGCUGAGUGCGCAAAGUUUGGGCAGUCUGACGACCGGCCCCAACGGGCAACCCCUCGAGCUGUCACUGGUUUCGACGACGGGAACCUCCUCGAUGGAUCACCUCUACGGCAACGGAAAUGGUAGUCUGGUGGGCGUGGACAAAGGUGCCGUAUCCACGCUGAACGUCGCUAACGGUUCGUUAGUGGGGGGCACGGUGGCGGUACCCGAUACCGACGUGGAGACAUCUACCGGCGGACUGAACAAGUUCAGCGGCAAUACCAGUGACGUGGUAAGUGAUAGCACCCGGUCUCGACGCUGCUGCGUGGUGAUGUAAGUCGGAACCAAACGGGGUAAGUGUCCAGCGUUGCCAGAUACGUCAUAUCAGUUU